CUGCCUUUCUGUCCGGCGCAGGCCCGGGGCGUACCUUGUUGUAUGUAAGUAGUAUACUAUACUACCCUCGUAUGUACCUUGUAUCAUGAUACAACGACCAUACGGUAGCGUCCUAUCAGCAAUGUUUCAUUUACCCUUUCGACAGACAAACGACGGCCUGACGAGGAUGCAGCCAAGCUGUGAAGUAAGGGUAGUUAGUGGCUGUUCCUCGCAUGCGCGAUGCAGCAAAGGCGGGCAGGCAUGUAUCAUUGAGCAAUGACAACAACUUUAGUUAGCU